GCCGAGCCAACCAUCUAUUUCUGUCCGUCACGGCGCAGUUACAUGCACAACAGUCUCCCAAUACUUCCAUCGCCACACAGACGACGUGACGAGUUGGGAAUCGAAUUUGAUUUCACCGCCACGAUGGAGGCACCAGUUGCCGCACAGGCGCCGCCGGCUGGGGACGACUGCCCGAGUCCAUCAUCAUCGCCUCUGCAGCGGCACGGUGUGCUUCCAACCUUUCGCGUACGUCACAUGCAUGCUGUAUCGGCGGUUUUCAUGCGGCCGAGAUGGGCAACGUCGCCCGCUGCGAAGGUACCAAUCCAUCGUAAGGUGAUCCAUCCAGGGUGUCAGUGGAAGCCCGAGCUGCAUUUGUCCAUGGCGCGGCCCAUCGCGCAGCUCGAAGUCAUGUCGAAACCAAAGGUCGUGCAGCUCUUGGUGGUGUACUACUUGUUCGCGUUUGCGUUCUUGCCCAUCAUCGCGCUCGACACGUCGUCUAUCGUGGUCGUGACCCCAGCAGUCUCAUGUCGGGGAAGCGAAUGCACAGGUUGGCAAGUCCACACGCGCGUGUCUCCGUUUUGCUCGUCCAUGUCCCUCGUUGUGUCGACGUCCGCCUCGUCGCUGGUGUUUGUUUUCCCUCUGGGGGCGCCGACGCCCCGUCGCCCUCCGCUCGCCACGGCGGUCCUGACCGUCGAGCCCGUCGAGGGCGGGCCAAGGCAAACGUGUUUCUUGGCGAAUUGGUCCACAACAGCCCAGGACGCAUCGUUGAUCACGGUGGAAAGCGCCGCGGUCGACGUCAACUACGCCCAGCUCUUUGGUGUGGACAUCAACCUCUUUUCUGCCGUCGACGUGUCGUUCGAGCUGGACCCGACGCUGCAGCUGCGGCCAUUCGACACCAUGACCAUUGCGUGGCGCCAGCGCUUUGUGUCGCCGUUUGUGACGCUCUACUGCUCGUGCACGGUCAUGGCGAUCGACGUGAUGUCGGUCGCGUACUUUUGGCAUCGAGUGCGGCUGUUUCGCCACUCGCAGCCGACGGUGUCGCUUCCGCAGUGGCGGUGGAUCGUCGGCAUGUUGAUGGCGCUGAUGCUGCAAAUUCAAAUUCCGUUUUCGAUUGCCCAGUUUGUGUAUACAAUGGCGGGGACGGCAAUGCCGGCCGCGCUCCUCCAGGUCAGUUUCUGGCUGUACCUUGUCGGGAAGAAUUCGACGCGGUUUUUUGUCUUGUGCUUUGCCGACGGCAUGGACCGAACGACCGAGAGCUUGGCGGACCGCGGCCACGUUCGGUUUUACACGAUCAAGGCAGCGACGGUCGCGGCGCUGACGAUCUUGCAAGGCAUCAACUACGAGCUGAAACUUCCCCCCGACGUGGCAGAUGUCCUUGUCCUUGUGAUCACCGUCCUCGAAUUCGCUACGCAGGGGCUCAUCGUGCUCUGGUACUGGGCGCGACGGGGCCGGGAGAUCCGCACGUUCCCGUACAAAACCGCGAAAUUUCGCUACGUCACGUACGGCGUGCUGUCGUUUCUGGUCGUGCCGGAAGCCAUUGGGUCGCUGAUCACACUGCUCAAGCGGGCGGCGUGGUCUUUAUCGACACCGACGUCGAAAAGCCUCGCGUGGCUCGCCGCCCUCGUUCGGCUGCAGGCGUUCGCCUGGAUGGUGCUCCAGUGCUACCUUCCGCUCCAACACGACCAGCUGCUCCAGACAUCUCCCGAGCGCAAGUCGUUUGCAUUGAACGAUGACGAUAACGAUGACGGCGAUGAUGAUGGCGACGACAGGAAACGAGCGUCCAUUCGCCUGACGAUGCGAACGUUCAACCUUACGACAGCCGUCGUCAUGCUCAACUGCAGUGUCACGAGCUAUUUUGACACUCUGGCCGCCGACCAAAGCGCGGAGGAUGGUCGUUCGUCGACGGCAGCGGCAUCGCCAUGUCCGCCGCCGUCGCCAUCCUCAUUUGGACGCAUCGGGCUCGACAUUAUCCACCCCAACGCGUACAACAUCCAUGUCAUCCGGACCUUCCACGGCGCUGCGACCGACACGAACGCCCUCCUCCUGCACGACACAGCAUUCGACCGGUACAUCGUGAGCUUUCGAGGCACUGGCAGCCUCAAGAACGGGCUCACCGACGUCAAAUCACGCCAAGUCCUGUUUCCAGGGGUCGAGUUCACAGCGCCGCGAAAAGCGCUCCACCGGCGGUACCACCGCAGCGACGUGUACGUGCACUUGGGAUUUUGGCAAGCGUACAAGACGCUGCAAGCGGCCAUCCACGACGCCGUGCGGCAGUUGCCUCGGCCACCGCUCGCGCCUCUUCAGAUCUAUUGUACGGGCCACAGCCUCGGCGGCGCGCUGGCGACGCUGUGUGCCGUGGACCUCGCCCUCGCGCAGCCCAACGUGGCCGUGACCAUGUACAACUUUGGCAGCCCGCGCGUCGGCAACCACGCAUUUCGCUUGCUCUUCAACGCCAUCGUGUCGGGGUUUCGCGUCGUCAACGACGGCGACGUUGUAACGCAAAUGCCCAAGCGCGACUACACCAGUGUCUCCCGGAACGGCGUCGGAAUCUACAAACAUGUCGGGACGGAAGUCGUGCUCCUGUCGUCCGGCGUCGAGUCCAACAACGUGGACGGUCGUCGGUCGUUCCGGGGGCUCGUGGUGCAACCCACGAUUGUGGACCGCGUGUUUGUGCUCGCCAUGCGAACCAAGCUGUCAAGCCAUACGCUCGAAAGCUAUCGGCAAAGCUUUCGAUCGCUCAUUUCGCAUGAACCGUCGUUUGACCGUGCGACGGACACGAGGGCGGACGGCGUGCCCAUCGUUCACGACGAACAUGCAGCAUGCACGCUUGAAACGAGUGGCGGGGACGCUGCGGCGGCGGAACCAGAGACCACGAUCGACAACGUUGCGCGGCCAACGGACGUGUUGGAGAUUGUCGUCGAUGGCGUGAUGGACCAGCUCGACGACGCCGCCAUGGAUUGAGACGAAGAGGAGUAGUAGAUAAUUCUGCUGCUCGGACAAUUCCGUCUUCGUGGAUGUGAAGGAUAUGCAUUGAACGCCACCAUCAGCAUAGCCUCCCGCAUUGGACGGCCUUCUCCAUCGAACUGUCACGACCGACAUAUUUCCUCGUCAAUUACUCUAUCGUGGGAAUCGACACAAACUGGGGUGGUCUGCGUUCGCCGGUGUGCUUGGGCGACUGCUCUGUUCAACUUGAGUCGGUUGAGGGUGGACGAGACCCCCCGUUGUGGAGGACAAUGCGGCCAUCGUACAACGACGCAACAUCGCCGCCGAGAUGGCGCGGCAUGCCUGCAGCAUGCAACUAAUCGCGCUUUGCUUUUUCGACGGAGUCCAUUGCAAAGGCUCUUCGUCUGAGGUUGGGCAUUUCAAAGGUUCAUGUGGAAGGCGGCGGCGUCGAUAAAAUGUGCUGUCGACUUCUACGGUUCGUGCCAGGACGUGUGCUCGUAGAGCACGUCACCGCAUUCCACACAAGCGCUCCGAGUGCCGCGCCGUGUCGGAUCGACUCUGCUCGGUGCAAAUUCGAUUCGUUAAGCUUACGUCUACCGUCGUCGUCGAAUGCGGCGCAGUUUCUCGGUCGAAAUGUUCGUCUGCGUCAUCGCGGUCAAGUCGAUCCUGUACGAGUAAUGUCCGGACUGGACGAUGCGGCUGUUGUACGUCGCGUUCGCUUGGUGGGUUUGCCACAGGAAUUCCAUCUGCGUGGUGCCGCCUGCCGUGUACGGGUACCACCCCGUGGCCUUGCCGUCGACAAAG